AUGACUGACUCUAGUCAAAUAAUUCCACCUCAUGAAUCCGACGCAUCCGAGGCUGUGAAUCGUAGUCCAAGUAGUAGAGGUGGAUCUCAACGAGGCGCCGCUGCAAACAACGGUUACCGUAGACGUGCCGAAAGAAACCAACGAGGUGGCUUCAAUCAACAACAUCAUCGUUCAAACUACUAUCCUACUCCGUUGGUUGGUCCACAUACGGAGUUCUACACGCCACCUCGGGCUGUGUUUGACUUGCCGCCUCAGUUUCUUCCGCCUCACAUGUUCAACGCUAACGUGGUGCCUGUGUCGGAACGUGAUGCAAACUUUGAACUUCAGUUCGGAAAUUAUUCCAGAAAUGUACCCUACAUUAAUAAUGAUGGUUUGUUCAUUCCACCGCAACAACAGCUACAACCUCAAGAGUUCAUUCCAUCCGAACAACAACCUGAAGAAGUUUAUGCAAAUGGUUUAGAGAGUCAGUUAGGUCAGUUGUUCAUUCCAACCCAGCAACAGCGACAACCUCAAGAGUUCAUUCCAUCCGAACAACCCUCUCAAGAAGUUUACACAAAUGGAUUGGAGAGUCAGUUAGAGCAAUUGAAUGUGGGCGGAAAUGAAGGCCAUCAACUGGCGACCGCGCUGGAUGUGCCCAGUCGGCAUCGUCAAAAGUCACCUCGUUCAACUGAUAGAUCAAAAAAUGCGUCGCACUCGAAUGCAACACAAUCGAAUCGUCGGCAUGUGAAUGCUCAAAACCGGAAAUCAAGGGGUGGCAGUGGUUUGUCAUCGUCGAAGCGCGGAAACCAACGGGGACGGGGAGCGGCCGCUAUGGAACGUCAGCUACAACGCCCUGCAUACAAUGACUUGGAAUCUUUUCCUCUCGCUGACAGCUCAGAAGAAGGCUACGGUUGUCCACCGUCGUAUUUAUUGGAGACGUAUCGUGACGAAACGGAUCGUCAGCAGAUGGCUGCUGCAGAAGCGGCAGCAUCGGCGUUGCUUCCUUCAAGGGGUCGUCGAAACGGAACGCAAAUCUUUCCAGGUCGUCGUCGUGGGCAUUCAAACCAGCCUAGCAAUCAAUUCAGCGGAAUAUAUCAAGUCAGCAACGAGCAGAUUCAACGACGGAAUGAACGCAAAGAUGAUGACGGGAACUUGGAUACCCUUAGAGGUAGGGUUCAAUUGAAUCACUCCCAGUUCAGAAUGGGUUAUGAAAUGGCUCUGAAUAUUCUCUUCUUAAAUAUUUCAGUUCAAUUGUAUAUUGUUCGUUAA